ACGACACGCCGUUUCCAUCUUCGUCUUCACACUUCACAGAUUGCUCAUAAAACCGCUUUCACAUAAUUCCCACGCAGAACCCAACUAACUUCUCACCGGCAAUGUUGCCGGAUAUUCCUCCCGAUCCACCGCCGCAACAAUAAUUACUCCUCCACCUUAACCAUCAACUCCGGCACAAUCACAAUCACAAUGUCGUCACCUCAAAACAUAAAACAAAAGGUAUUCACAUGUCUAACCAAACUCUCCGACCGCGACACUCACUCCCUCGCCGCCACCGAACUCAUUACAAUUGCUCGGAGCCUCGAUACAACCACCGUACCAGUUUUCCUCUCUUGCAUGUACUCCACCGACGCUUCCGACAAAUCUCCGGUUCGAAAGCAAUGUGUUCAACUCUUUGGAUUUCUCUCAGAAACACACGGUAACGCUCUUUCACCUUACCUUUCGAAAAUCAUCGCCAACGUAAUUCGUCGCCUCCGUGAUUCGGACUCGUCGGUCCGAUCCGCAUGCGUGAAUUCCGUUUCAGCAUUAGCUUGCCACGUCACGAAGCAACCGUUUCUUUCGUUUCUAAAACCGUUAUCAGAAGCUCUGUUCACGGAGCAGGAUCAGAACGCGCAAAUUGGAGCUGCGCUUUGUCUAGCUUCGGCGAUCGAUGGAGCUCCGGAUCCGGACUCGGCUCGGCUGGCAAAGCUGUUACCGAAGUUCCAGAAAUUGCUUAAACGUGAAGUGUUUAAGGCGAAACCGGCGCUGUUGACGCUGAUCGGAAGCGUGGUUGAAGCCGGUGGCGCUUCUGGCCAAGCUUCUUUGAAAAAUUUGGUUCCGUGUUUGGUUGAAUCGUUGAGUAACCGCGAUUGGGCGGUGAGGAAGUCUGCGGCGGAGACACUGCUGGUGUUGGCCAAUGUUGAGAGAGAAUUCUUGCCGGAAUUUAAGUCUGAAUGUUUGAAAGUUUUUGAGAAUCGACGAUUUGAUAAGGUAAAAUUGGUUCGUGAAGUUAUGAAUCAGAUGUUGGAAGCUUGGAAGCAUAUCCCUGAUGUUUCAGAUGAAUUUUCCCCACCUCCUAGAUGGCAAUCGUCUUCGAAAGAGAAUGCAAGUGAUGGGCGAUAUCCUCCGGUCUCGCAAAAUUCAUGUAAUCCUGGUUCGGUAAUGGCGAAUCUGCGAAGAAAAUCUGCUCCUGCUGGCAGAUUCAGUCUACCAGAUAGUUCUUCUGCUAGCAAUGGCAAGAAUGUGAGUGCUUUAAGUAGUAACAAGAGAAGGAGUUCGGUUGUUUCACGAAAACUAAACCAGAAGAAUUGGGAUGUUCAAGUUGCCAUGGCUGAUCAGGGUGAUCUCGAGGAGAUGAAUGAAAAUAAAACUCCUUUGGAAAUGAACCGGGCACUUUUAAAUAAAAAUUCCGAUGAUAAAAUGAAAAGGCACGGUGGUUCCAAAGCUGGAUCUCGUGUUGUUCCAUAUCAUGAAGAGAGUCAUGACUCAGUUCCUGUCAGUAAUGUCCCCAAAGAUCUUUUUAAGAAUGACAAAGAGAGCGAAGAAUUAUCUUUGAUCCGCAACCAGUUACAGCAAAUUGAGAAGCAACAGUCCAGUCUACUUGAUCUUUUGCAGAAAUUCAUUGGAAGCUCACAAAAUGGAAUGCGAUCUUUAGAAACCCGUGUUCAUGGCCUUGAGUUGGCAUUGGAUGAUAUCUCUUAUGAUUUGGCUGUAUCAAAUGGAAGGAUGAGUAAUUCUAAUGUCCCUCGCAAUUCAUGUUGCUUGCUACCUGGAGCAGAAUUUUUGAGCUCCAAAUUCUGGAGGAAAUCUCAGGGCCAGUAUUCAUCCCCACGAUUCUCUCGACGUGGUGGUGCUCCAUCACUUGCUGCCAUGCACUAUACAGCUGGCAGAAAUGCUGAAACUAACUUUACAACCCAAAGAUUCCGACUUGAUGGAGGUUUUAUCACUAAUCCUCUGGCAGAGGUACACACUAAUUCAAGGGAUUUUGCUUGACCAGAGUCAACCUAAAAAGAAGGUUCCUGAUUUGCCUCUGGACUAGGCGUUGUCUUGGCACUAUCGCCCAUGGGCACACAGCAUUGUGAUUAGUGAUACCAAUUGAUGCACCAUUCAACUCUUAUUCGUAUACCGCUUUUUAUUACUGCAUUUCUUACUUUGUUGCAGAUGUGCUGCACAAUCUAGAAAGCAAGUUUGAUCAUUUGGUUCUCAAUCAGGUUUUAAGAUCCCUUGACUGAAGAAGUGUUGAUGAAUCGAACCUGUGAUCAAAAUUGCAUAUUCUGUCUCAUCAAAUUAUGACUUAAUCAAUAUAUAUACAUUUGCUGUGCUACUCGAAAAUGCUCCAUGUUGUCUUGUCAACACUGAAGAUUAGAAGGCGAGAAGCUGGCUGCUAGACCAUACAUUCUACACGCUAGUAGAGUUUCAUUCGCCUAUAUCCAUGAUGAGUAGUGGACAAGAAUUGUAGUUUGGAGUGCUUUCACGGCUAAAUACGACACUAUUGUAAAAGAGGGUGAAUUUGUAUACCUAUUAUAUAUGAGUGACAAGCUGCUUUUUUGCUUUAAAUAUUGCGUUGUACAAUGAUAUUUCACCUUUUGAUAGAGUUUAUACCCUCUUGAUAUUUCUCUUUAGAUAA